AUGGGCGAGGGCCAGCCGCUGCGCGACGAUGGCAGCUGCGCUCACGGGUACAUGGUGCCGGACAAGACCAAUACAAAGUGUGUGUUCCCGGCACGGCUCGACAUCGGGCGUCACUACAUCCUCUCGGGCGGUCGCGGGGGAUUCAAGGAGUCUUACGAGUCGCUCGUCUCGCGCAUGCUCUCGUUCAACAAGUUCCUCUUCACUUCUGACGACUCUCUCACCUCUAUGCCCGAGUUCCGGACCCUGUUUGAGUCCAAAGGCUACCGCGACGGCGCUGCUGGCGUCUGCGAUCUCGGCGUCGACAAUCCCAUUGUCGAGCCGUUCCAGCUCGCCAUCAUUGUGCAGAUCCCCGGCCAGCAGGUGCCCAUGCACUUUGACGCCCCAUGGUUCUGGGGUGCGACCCGGUUUGACCUCCCCAUCUGGCUCCUUGUGGCCAUGCAGUGGUCGGAGCUCUGGGAGGACCGCCGCAUCCGCCAGGUCCAGGGCGUCGCCUACAUCCACGACUGGCCCGAGAACAAGGUCAACGGUGGUGCGUUCUUUUACUACCCCGAGGGUCCCGGCGGCAAGGUCAAGGUCUUCAACGCCACUCGUAACGCCGGCAUCAUUCUUGACGGCUCCAAGCAAGUCCACGGCACUGACGCCUUUCGCCCCACCGCCACCGACCUGCCCAUCCUCAAGCGCGCCGACGCCAACAAGCUCGUCUUUCGCGGCGACGCCACCUGGGACGUCGUCACCCGCUCCGGCGACGUUGUCGCCACCUACAAGACCUCGGACCUGCGUGUCUCGCUCGUCUGGCGUGGCCUCUGCUUCCGCGACCAGGCCCAUCUCGACGAGUGGAACGCUUACGACGAGAAGCUCGAGCUUGCCGACAUCCUCGCUACCUUUGUCGCCGACCUUCGCUCGCGUGGCCGUCUUGCUGCCGACGCCCCGGCGCCGCAGGGCCUUGACCUCGCUCUCAUGAUCCUCAACGAGUACGUCCUCUACCCGUUCCCGAACUCGUGGAUGCCGUACAACUACUCCGCUCGCCUCGGCUCUCCUCUCCCGCUCUGCGGCUAA